AUGAAGCCUGUUGUUUCUGCUGGAAAGGCUUAUUGCUGUACAAUUUUGUCGACCUUUGCGGUGGUAAUAUUAUCUUUCCUUGGUUAUUUAUUUAAGACAGGGCAUGAAUCAAUGAUGGGAUCAAUAAAUGACCCAGAGGAUGGUGGAGCAGUUGCUAAGACUAUAUUCAAUGCAGUUUUUGUAUAUGUGGCAUUCUUUUUGUUUUGUGGAUUUCAGGUUGUAUUGAUUAAGAGAGAAAGUAGAAUUAGAUUGCACUAA